CUGGGCGGAGCGGGCUCGGGCGCCGCCGCCUCCGCUGGGCUCCCGGGCCGCGGAGCGAGACGGCGGCGGCCGGAGCGGCGCCACAGCAGCCGCGGUGAGCCGCGGCGGCCUCGGAGCAAGAGGGGUCGCCGCUGUCGUCGGCGCAGCGUUUCCUGUCGGGAUUGUCCCGUGCUUCUCCCCAGCCGCCCCCUUCCUCUCCGGCUCCCGCGCUCUCCCGCUCCUCCGCGCGUGGCCCGGGUCGGCGCUGCCCUCGGCCCGGGCGCGGGCCCCCGCCCGGGGUCGCCCCUUGCCUCCCCUCCCGGGCCGCGGGGGCGCCCCGUCGAGACCAUGAGGAAAUUCAACAUCAGGAAGGUGCUGGACGGCCUGACCGCCGGCUCGUCGUCGGCCUCGCAGCAGCAGCCGCAGCAGCACCCGCCUGGGACCCGGGAGCCCGAGAUCCAGGAAACGCUCCAGUCCGAGCACUUCCAGCUCUGCAAGACUGUUCGCCAUGGAUUUCCCUAUCAACCCUCGGCCCUGGCCUUUGAUCCUGUCCAGAAGAUCCUGGCAGUGGGCACUCAGACUGGUGCUUUAAGGCUCUUUGGUCGUCCAGGAGUAGAGUGUUAUUGUCAGCAUGAGAGUGGAGCUGCGGUAAUCCAGCUCCAGUUCCUGAUUAAUGAGGGAGCUCUUGUCAGUGCCUUGGCUGACGACACCUUACAUUUGUGGAAUUUACGUCAAAAGAGACCUGCCAUACUACAUUCACUUAAAUUUUGCAGAGAAAGGGUAACAUUUUGCCAUCUGCCUUUCCAGAGUAAGUGGCUCUAUGUGGGCACCGAGCGAGGUAAUAUCCAUAUUGUCAAUGUGGAGUCCUUCACACUCUCAGGCUACGUCAUUAUGUGGAAUAAAGCCAUUGAACUCUCAUCUAAAUCUCACCCAGGACCUGUCGUCCAUAUAAGUGAUAAUCCGAUGGAUGAAGGAAAGCUUUUGAUUGGCUUUGAAUCUGGAACAGUAGUGUUAUGGGACCUCAAAUCAAAGAAAGCCGACUACAGAUACACGUACGAUGAGGCCAUCCACUCUGCUGCCUGGCAUCACGAAGGGAAACAGUUCAUCUGCAGUCAUUCGGAUGGCACCUUGACCAUAUGGAACGUGAGGUCGUCCGCUAAGCCGGUACAGACAAUCGCUCCACAUGGAAAACAGUUAAAGGAUGGGAAGAAGCCAGAACCGUGCAAACCUAUCCUCAAGGUGGAAUUCAAAACGACUAGAUCUGGGGAACCUUUUAUUAUUUUAUCAGGAGGUCUGUCAUAUGAUACUGUAGGAAGAAGACCUUGCUUAACAGUUAUGCAUGGGAAAAGUACUGCAGUGCUAGAAAUGGACUAUUCAAUUGUUGAUUUUCUAACCCUAUGUGAAACACCAUACCCAAAUGAUUUUCAAGAACCAUAUGCUGUGGUUGUUCUUCUAGAAAAGGAUUUAGUACUUAUAGACCUUGCACAAAAUGGGUAUCCUAUAUUUGAAAACCCCUACCCUUUGAGUAUACAUGAAUCCCCUGUGACGUGUUGCGAAUAUUUUGCUGAUUGCCCCGUGGACCUUAUUCCUGCACUUUAUUCUGUUGGAGCUAGACAGAAACGUCAAGGUUACAGCAAAAAGGAAUGGCCCAUCAAUGGAGGUAAUUGGGGCUUGGGUACUCAAAGCUACCCAGAAAUAAUUAUUACAGGGCACGCUGAUGGGUCGGUGAAGUUCUGGGAUGCUUCUGCAGUAACUCUGCAAGUACUAUAUAAACUGAAGACAUCUAAAGUAUUUGAAAAGUCAAGAAAUAAAGAUGACAGACCAAACACAGACAUUGUAGAUGAAGAUCCGUAUGCCAUUCAGAUCAUCUCCUGGUGUCCAGAAAGUAGAAUGCUGUGCAUAGCCGGAGUUUCGGCUCACGUCAUCAUUUAUAGAUUCAGCAAACAGGAGGUGAUCACAGAAGUCAUUCCGAUGCUUGAAGUCCGAUUGCUGUAUGAGAUGGAUGAUGUGGAGUCCCCGGAGGGUGAGCAGGCAGCCCCUGUGCCGACCCCAGUGGUCGGGGCCAGUCCUCAGCCCGGCCCGCCUCAGGCUCACCCUUCCAGCAGCGGUAGUUCAUCUGACGGGCUUCGCGACAAUGUCCCUUGUUUAAAAGUUAAAAAUUCACCACUUAAACAGUCUCCAGGUUAUCAGACUGAACUAGUUAUUCAGUUGGUGUGGGUGGGUGGAGAACCACCACAACAAAUAACCAGCCUGGCAGUCAAUUCUUCCUAUGGCUUGGUGGUUUUUGGCAAUUGUAAUGGCAUUGCAAUGGUUGACUACCUCCAGAAAGCAGUGCUCCUCAACCUGGGCACUAUUGAAUUAUAUGGCUCCAAUGAUCCUUAUCGGAGAGAACCCCGGUCUCCUCGUAAAUCUCGACAACCCUCAGGAGCAGGUCUGUGCGAUAUCAGUGAAGGGACGGCAGUCCCAGAGGAUCGCUGCAAAUCUCCGACUUCUGGUUCUUCAUCACCACACAAUUCAGAUGAUGAACAAAAAAUGAAUAAUUUUAUAGAAAAGGUGAAGACCAAAAGCAGAAAGUUUUCCAAGAUGGUAGCCAGUGAUAUAGCAAAGAUGUCAAGGAAGUUAAGCUUGCCUACUGACCUAAAGCCUGACUUAGAUAUAAAAGAUAAUUCCUUCAGCCGAUCACGGAGUUCGAGUGUAACCAGCAUUGAUAAAGAGUCCCGAGAAGCGAUCUCUGCUCUUCAUUUCUGUGAAACUUUUACUCGAAAGGCAGAUUCGUCUCCUUCCCCGUGUUUAUGGGUUGGUACCACGUUGGGAACAGUGCUUGUCAUUGCACUGAACCUGCCCCCCGGAGGAGAGCAGAGACUUCUGCAGCCGGUAAUCGUGUCUCCCAGUGGUACUAUAUUGAGGUUAAAAGGGGCGAUCCUGAGAAUGGCAUUCCUGGAUGCCACAGGCUGCCUAGUGCCACCUGCAUAUGAAUCCUGGAGAGAACACAACGUUCCUGAAGAAAAAGACGAAAAGGAGAAAUUGAAAAAACGACGGCCUGUCUCUGUAUCCCCCUCCUCUUCUCAGGAAAUUAGUGAAAACCAGUACGCAGUGAUAUGUUCUGAAAAGCAAGCAAAGGUGAUUUCACUGCCCACUCAGAACUGCGCCUAUAAGCAGAACAUCACAGAGACCUCGUUCGUGCUCCGGGGGGAUGUCGUGGCGAUGAGUAACAGCAUCUGCCUCGCCUGUUUCUGUGCCAACGGACACAUCAUGACCUUUAGUUUGCCAAGUUUAAGGCCUCUAUUGGAUGUGUAUUACUUGCCCCUUACCAAUAUGCGGAUAGCCAGAACGUUCUGCUUCACCAACAAUGGACAAGCAUUGUAUCUUGUUUCACCUACAGAAAUCCAGAGACUCACUUACAGUCAGGAGACCUGUGAAAAUCUCCAGGAGAUGUUGGGCGAGCUCUUCACUCCUGUGGAGACCCCCGAAGCACCAAACAGGGGCUUCUUCAAAGGCUUGUUUGGGGGCGGCGCACAGUCUCUCGAUCGAGAAGAACUCUUUGGAGAAUCAUCCUCUGGAAAGGCUUCAAGGAGUCUUGCACAGCAUAUCCCUGGCCCUGGUGGCAUCGAAGGUGUGAAGGGCGCAGCGUCUGGAGUCGUCGGUGAAUUAGCACGGGCCAGGUUGGCUCUGGAUGAGAGAGGACAGAAACUCGGCGACCUGGAAGAAAGGACUGCAGCCAUGCUGUCCAGUGCGGACGCGUUUUCCAAACAUGCUCAUGAGAUGAUGUUGAAAUACAAAGAUAAGAAGUGGUACCAGUUCUGACAACCAGAAAUCCAAUAAGUCUAACUUCAGCCAGAAGGAAAAAGAAUUUUCCUUUUUUAUUUUACUGAUUUUGCUUUAGGAAAGUUGACGUUAAGGGAUGUUCCUCAGUGGAUGCUGGUCUUUCCCAGCACAAUCAGGCGCUGUUGCACCUCGGUCACGCAGCUUUCCCUGAGGGGUGUUCGCACACUCCACGUGGAGCACACGGCGUGUGCCAGCUCUGAGCUGACAGUUUGGGAACUGAGCGGGUCACAAGUUACAGACGAAGAAGCACAGGGGGACGUUGCGGAGACGUGGCAGAGACCACCCCUGCACCACUCCUGUGUUAAACGUUCAUAUGCCAAAAGAUUCCGUGCUGUUGCGUCUGCCAUCAGUGUUGGACCUCUUUGAGGGAGAGGCAAUAAGUCAGGAGUCCUGGAGCCGAAACAGUUACGUUUGUGUCGUUGACUGAAUUAUAAACAGCUGUCUUGGACUUUCCCUUCCUGAAACUGACUGGUCAUCAGUAUCAUUAGUGAAAAAGAAACAAACUGUUUGUUACCAUAUCUUUAGACAGAUAAGCUGAAUGGUGGGCUUUAAAUAAUAAAAACAUACACAUAGUUGACGUGUGUAUGGGCUACUCUUGGAUUCUUGUUAUUGUACACUUGUGUUUAGUCCAUAUUUUGUCAAAAGCAAAACAAAGCGAUACAUCACUUUUCAUUGAAAAGAAAAGUGUAGAGCAUGACUGAACUGCUCAUCAUUCUGGAAGUUUCCAUGUAGUGGCUAUGCAGUGUGGAAAGUGAGAAAAACCUCCAUUGUGGUGAGGAGAAUACUUCAAUGUCCCUUGUCUUUGUUCUCAUUAAUUCAGCUCAAGGUGGAUUUGACCAAAAUAGUUACUGGUUAAAUUUGUAGAACUGUUAAAAUUGGCUAAGUUUUUAAUUUUGCUUGAAUUUUUAUAAAAUGUUUAACCAAAUGUACCUUUGCAUUAUUUAAUUAAAAUUGCUUAAAAAAAUGUUUCAUUAUUUCAGUAAAAUGCUCAGCUCCCUUUUUAAAGUGCCCUUUAUUUGCUAACAGCUCCAGUACACUCAGGUGAUGAGCCAGUUAAAUCUUAGUGCACAUGCUGUCGCAUGGAAAACUACAAGCAUCUGUUGUUAAUAAUUAUCUAUAUAAGAGUCUAGUCUGAUGACCUACAAAAUAUUUUCUGUAGAAAUAUACUAUAAAUCUGUACAUGUCCUUUCAAGGUUUUACAAAGCCAAAAGGAAAGGAAAAUAUGUGCAUUUUGGUAACUAAAUUAUUUCUUUAUUGGAGUAUAAUGCAAAUGAGACCACCAGUCGACAAUCACGGAUUGGUUCUUGAACAGCACUGCAGACAGGAAAGAGCCAACCUGGUAGACAGACCUGGAAGGAAGGAAGCUCACAAUGCAGGCUCAUCUGAGGUUAUUGCUGAUUGUUCUUAAAGCAACAAACGAAGAGCAAAAUAGAAGCAUUACACUUAAUAUUAGUGAAAUUGAAAUAUUUUCUUGUAGAAAAAGUUGUUUAAAACAAUUUUUUUUUCAUUAAGAGAUAAUCAGAGCACAAAUGGAAAGCAGACAUGAUGGUUCUUUUUCUGUUCCAUGUGGUCAUUCAAGGUCUGUGUGGGACUCCUUAAUUUCAGUCUGUUACGCGUCUUCUCCUCUUUACUCUUUCCAUUAAUAAAGCUUUUCUGUUUACAUUUUAUAGCGUGCACUACAGGAGACAAAAGUUUACAUGAAAAUUUACUUUAAAUAUCAUUAGGAAGGGACUAAAUAUAUAUGAUAGAGAUAAUUGAUCAAGCCAAAAGGGAUGUUUUAAAAAUACAGUCAUUUUCAAAAGUUUUUCAAUUUGUAGAAAGUACCUAUGAAUAACCUAUUUCUGUUUAGUUCGUGUCAGCUGUCUGAUGAACAUCCAGCAAUUUACAAAUUGCUUGUUUUGUAUCAUAUACUAUCUAAUAAACCCAUUGUUCCAUGAUAUAUCACGGGAAGUAUUAAGCCCUUUUUUAAAGGUAUAGUUUUGUGAAUGUCAUCAGUAAAAGCAACAGUUACGGAUUUGAAGCUGAGAAGCACUAAGUAAAGUAAUAUACUGGUCGAUUCCGUCUUCAUGUGGAAGGGCAUUUUAGUUCCAGUUAUUUAAUUUGCUGUGUUAUUUUGUGUUAAUUGUAUAUCAGCUUCAUUUUUACUGUCAUUUUACCUAUUGUAUAUAAAAUGAACCAAUCUUGUAAUUAUUUUCAAAUAGAGAAAGAUACAUUUACCUGAGAUGGAUUUUAUAAGAAAAUCUGAAAUCAAUAUUUUGAGUUAUUUUGUUUCAUUUUACAAAUUAUGCACAGCAAACUAGAAGCUCACUUAGGAUUAGAAAGCUUGAAGUAUUUUUGAGAAUAAGAAGUCAGCGUCUCAGAGUUAUACUUGAGUCAGUCUGUAGAUGAGAAACAGUCUGCAGGAGUAACUAACCCAGGGAAUUUACUGUAAUUUGUGAGAUAACAUCUCUGUUUUUUUCUUUUUAAAUGCAAAAAGUAAUAGUCACCAGCAAGCCAAGAUUUCAGGAAAACAAACCAAAAAAAAAGUCAAAAUAGAAAAUAUUAGAAAAAUGAGAGAUACUCAUGCGCUUCCUCUGUCUCCUCCAGCAUUCCUCUUUGUUGCGUGUGUGCAAUGCUCCACAGUCGAAGUAUUCAUCGAUUAGCAGUUUGUGAAUAGGAAGUGGUUUCCCUAUAUCUACCAUAUUUCUACUUCAUUUCACUCUUCAAGCUAAAAUCCAUAUGUAUUUUCUUAGAAAGUUAUUUGAAUUCUGAUAGCCUGACAAAUUCUGUGUAUUACAUCCAUUUGCAGUUUUCCAUCAGCUUAAUGCCCUUGGUUUGCAUUUCAGUUGUACAGUGUUUCCAAAAAUGCUUAUAGAUAUAACUGAGCUAUUACUAACUUCUUAAUUUGAUUUUUUAUGGAUGUGAAAAAUGCUGCUAUUUGUCUGUGUUAUCCUGUGUGGUAUAUUACAGUUUAAUUAAGUACAAUACUUUCAAGAAAGAAGCCUUUCUUUUGCUUAGAACUUUUUAAUUGUAGGUUCCUCUGAAGUUAUUUCAUGUAGAUAUGUUAGUGUUUUAAACAAGUCUGAAAGUGUUACAUGCUUUUAGGUGGUGGGGAGACAGCUAAGGAAAGGAAAAAUACGUGGAAGACACCACGGAGUUCCAAGUUUUACCCUGAGUUCCAUAUGCCAUAUAUGUUUUGCUUAAGGCAUUUUCUCAUGUGACAUUAGAAAAGCUAUAUCCAAAGGUACACUUUUUGUGGCAAAGAUUUAUUUUACAUUUUAACUUUUGAGAUUUUGUUUAUUUGUUUUUGCAAAAUAAAGAGCACUGAACUUUAAACUUGAAUUUUUUCUGCACUUUUUUAGGUAACGAAAACUUUUUAUUAUCAUUUAAUCCACAUUUCUCAGUUCAAAUCAAGUGAUGCAUAUGUAUAAAACAUACCAAAAUCAUGAAUAUGCUGCUAGCUGCACCUUAAACAAACCGAUCAUAGUUUUAAAACCUAUUUUAAAAAAAAUAGGGUUUUAUAUAGUUUUCAAGGAUAAAAAUCAGAUUAUUUGCUGUUUGUUUCAGUGUUCUAGGUCUUAAAUUACUGCAACACUUUCAGAUUUGUUUUAAGAUCAUACAGUAACAUGUUAUAUUUAUACAUACUGCUAGAGAAUAUACUUUUAGUUUUAAAAUGAGAUUUUUAUAAAUGUACUCUUUAAUUUUAAAAAUGGUGAACUUGUUAAGUUUAAGUCAAAGUACUUAAAAAGUAUGUAUAUUAUCCAUACAAACAGUUAUGUUUUACGCUUAUAAUAAGAAAUAUUGGUAUCUCAUAUCGAGAUACAAUUAAUUUUAAAGAAUCAUAUAUCAUUCGAAAGUCUUCACACAUGACAGGAAAGAGAUCAUUACUAUGGUUCAAAAAACCCUCGAUUGAGCAUUUUCAAAUAUUAAUUUCAUUUUGGGGAAAAUGCCCACAACAAUAAUUGCGAGAUCUUUCUCAGUAGCUGCAGCUUGCUGUUGGACGCCUACCUUAACUAUUGUUUGAAGAUAUAUAUAUAUUUAAAAUAGUUUUCCAGGUAUUUUCUUCUACCUUUUUUAAAAAUAAAUUUCCAAAAAUAAAAACAGAGUUUAUGUAUUUUUGUCAAUGAAGGUUUUUAUUUUGUAGUUUAUAGAAUUUGUUCCUUCUCAUUUGAUACUUGAUCGAUAUUCCUAGACUUUUUAAUCUGUGUUUACUUUGAAAAAGAGCACUCUUCUCUCGUAAGUGUGUCCUCCUUUUUUUCUUUUCCUUUUUAGGGUGUUUGUUGUCUUGGAUUGAAAUUUAUGCCCACAAAUUAUUUUUUCUCAUUUGAAAAUGAAUGUGAAAAUACCGUUUACAGCUUUUGUUAAUUACACUUUUCAUCACUCUGAUCAAUUUCUUGUAACGCGCUAUAUGGGGAUUCUUUUUCCUGUGAAUAUUAAUGAUCUUACAGCUGCCACAGAAGCUUUAAAGGUUCUGUGGACAGAAAAUAGUUAUACCAACAACAACAACAACAAAAAUUAAAGGGAACACUUCAGCCUACCUUUCUCAGCUGAAUUAGAUGGUUUUCAUAACUUCGCAAUUAUCAGGGUUAUAACAUUGCUUUCUGCAGUUACUAAUACAGUCUAAAAUUCUUGGGCUCAGUUCAUUUACAAAUGGAGUCCAGUAGUCCAGGGCUACCGUGUGAUUGCUCUUUUUAUUGCAGUCUUUACAUCAGAAAAAUCAUGGAUGUCAGUUUUGCCAGUAUUUCCCAAUGAGGCUCAUAGUUUAAAUUAAAAUUUUAUAGUGUGUGAGAUGUAAAUAAAUUGGUAUUAAUUUAAUGUAGGUUGUUUGGCUCAGGCAUUUAAAAUGGAUAUAGGCUAAUGGCAAUGGAAUACUAUUUGGGAGUUUCACUUUUUCUUUUUAAUACUUUUGCUAUGUGUUUUGUGUUGUUUAAACUUUGCUUCAACUGAAGACAGUGUAAGAAGUUGAAAACAGACCCAACACAUCAAUAGAAAGCAAUGCAAAGAGGGUAUAUCGUGUUUUAAAUUUUUUUAAUUUAUUAUUUUUUUUUUUUGGUAAAUAAACAGUACCGUGAUAUUUUAGGUGUGACCUCUGCUUGACGUGGUAGUUAGAACCGGAAAAACAUUUUGUUUUCUAGUUACACUAUUGGUUCAUUGUAAAUGCAUCACCAAAAACAAUAUUCAAAAGAGCAAGAUUCAGUUUUUCUAACCGUGUCCACAGAGGGGCUCGCAUGCGUGUUAUGGAGCUCUGGCUUGUGUAUAUCUGAACCUGUACGUGCAGGUCGUUUUCAGUUGCUACACUUUAUUUCUUUUAUUUAAAUCUUGCUCAGUCCAGUAACUAUCUCAAAGGUAAUUGCUGGAAUAUGCAUUUUUAAAUACGGUAAAAAAAAAAAAACCCAUCUCUGUGUAAUUUCCUUGCAAACAAAAACAAAACAAAAAACUCUACUGCAAACACUAAAAAUGUGUUACCUUUGUAGUUAUUUUGCAUUCCUGUACUUUACAAACUGUCAUCACAGCAAAAGGUUUAAAAUUAGGUAAUGAAAUAUUUUUGUAAAUAAAUACCGUUAAGCUGGUAUUUUAAAAAAAUGUAUUAUAAAUUAAUGUUUCUGGAAAAUGUUCAUAUAUAUGUAUACGAAUGUCUCUUUAUGCUGAAGGGCUCUGAUUGGGCAAAAUAAAAUACUCUAAUCUCUCCUGAAACUAAA